AUUAACAGGAGUGAAAGAGUGAUCAGAAGAUGGCGCACGAGGUUACUCAAACAAGAGUGAAGCUCCCAAUACACAACUAUGAAUCCAUUCUUGAAGAAGCUGUUUCACAUAUUGACAGUUCCUCCUCCAUAGACAAGCUAUAUGAUCAACUUUACUCUGGAAUUUUCUUAAACCAAAUGAAAAAGAAGUUCUGGGUUGACAAGUUGUCCCAUAAGAAUUGCUUCAUGUUGUUUGCACGGGAGCUCUCAUACCCUAAAGGAACUUGGUUUCUUCACUCUAUGACACACGACUCUCUUCCUCGAGUCGACGUGGCUGAACUGCAAGACUCACAGAGUUUUGAAGUGAAAGGGAAAUUCAACACAAUGAACCUCACUCCAGCCAGUCUUUACCAGGUUUCAUUUACCCUCAUGAUGAAGGACGAAGCUGAAAAUGGAUGGGAAGAGCCAGUGAACCUGAAACUCUUCCUGCCAAAUGAAACAUCAGAAGUUCGGAAAGAAUAUUUGAAUAAAAAGGUGAAAAAUCAAUGGGUAGAGAUCCUUGUUGGGACGUUUACAACUACAUAUAUGGAUUCUGGGGACAUUGAAUUCUCUAUGUAUGAUUUCGGUAAGCGUGUAAAAAAAGGACUUGUCAUACUUGGAGCUGUCAUUAAGCCAUUUUCAUUCCGCUAGAACUAAGCUGGAGGAUAAUAAACAAUUUGACCUUUGCAAAAUUGUGUUAUGUUUCAUAAUGAUUCCAGUCACAAAUAGUAAUUUCAGUAUUGAUCACCAGCGGGGUACCAAUCCAAUUAUCAAUAAUGAUGUAUCACCAAAUAUUGUAUAUGAACUUCUUGUCAUCUCACUCAAACAACAUGUAUGCCCUUGGGCAAAUAAGCUCCAUUGAAAAUAGAGCUGGUAGUUUUCCACAGGUUCAGGUUUCUCUAUCUUGUUACUCUUUAUUACAUUUAUGCCCUUGUGCAACCAAGGUCCAUUAAAAAUAAAGCUAGCAGUUUUCCACA